CUCACUCCUAUCGCUCUCUUCCUGAACCACAAGCUGAGCAUAAAGUCAAAUUCCCUCUCUUCCCAUAAAACUCAGAAGUAGCACCAUGUGUGACACCGAGGAGUUCUUUGAGGAGUAUGAGGAGGAACAGGAGGAGGUGAACGAAGAGGAGGAGGCUGAAGAGGAAGAGGCUGUGGAGGAAGAGGCAGAGGAGGAAGAGCAAGAGCAAGAAGAGGAAACAAAGGAGAAAGAGGAAGAAGAUGAAAAGGAGGCAGAAAAGCCCAAACCCAAGAUGUUUGUUCCCAACAUCAUAGCACCAAAGCUUCCCGAUGGAGAGAAGGUGGACUUUGAUGACCUCCACCGCAAGCGCGUGGAGAAAGACUUCAAUGAAUUGCAGUCUCUCAUCGAGUUUCACUUCAACAACAGGCAAAAGGAAGAAGAUGAACUCGUAGCUCUAAAGAAUCGCAUCGAGCGACGUCGGGCCGAUCGUGCCGAGCAACAGCGCAUCAGAACCGAGCGAGAUAAAGAGAGGCAGGCGCGCCUUGCCGAGGAGAGGGCACGCCGUGAGGAGGAGGCGGCCAAAUUGCGUGCAGAGGAUGAAGCCAGGAGGAAAAAGACCCUGUCCAACAAGGGCUAUGGAGGGUACCUGCAGAAAGUGGAUCAGAAGAAAGGCAAGAAGCUGACGGAACGCGAAAAGAAAACCAAGGCUCUCAUGGAGCGUCGCAAGCCCCUCAACAUUGAUCAUCUGAACCAGGAGAAGCUGGCAGAAAAAGCUCUUGACCUCUAUAAGUGGCUCAGUCAGCUCCACGCAGAGAAGUUUGACCUGGCGGAGAAGCUAAAGAGUCAGAAGUAUGAAAUCAAUGUCCUGCGUAAUCGGGUUAGCGAUCAUCAACGGGGAGCCAAGACAAGCAAGACCUCAAGGAAAACCUGGAAAUAAAUUUGAUGGAUUAACAGAUGCAGAAUAAAGUGAACUAAACGGUUUGUUGGAAACACAGUCUCUUAUCAGACUUUGUAGGACAAAAUCUAUUUUAUUUUUAUUGAAAAGAUCUUCAUACACAUUCAUUUUACAUAUCACACAUUUUGUUGUGUAAAAGUUUGGACUUACAGAAAGCUCAUACUGUACAGUAUUUUUGCUCAAUGUCUCAAUGUGAAGUGACAAUGCUGCCUCAUUCAUUUAAUUGAUGUUAUAAAGUUCUCACUAUUUAAAAAUAGAUUCAUAAAAAUACAAUCAAAUGUUUUAAUUAUAUGUCUUCAUCAAAUUUUUGGACCCAAAGAUGGUAAAUAUUAACCACUAUUAUAACAUAUUCUGAAAUAAAGCAAUUUUUGACUAAA